CUGCGGAAACGGGAGCGGACCGGGGCGAGCUUGCGGCUCCUGGAGCUGAGCUGGGCAGCCGUUUGCGAGGUGAGUGCGCUCCCGGAGAGUUCUUUGUUGUGUGCUGCAACUUUCAUGCCGCAGCAGCUGCUACGCUUCGCGAGCGCUGGAAGUUUUGGGAUAUUUGACAUUUUUCGCAUUUCCGCGCUGCGUCUUUGCCCAUUGGGAUCCCCGUGUGUUUAUCUGAGAGUUGCCGCCGUGUUUACUCGGCUUCUCUCGUGUGUUGUGGCUGGAACCGUCACCAUUGCGUCGGAGUGGAGUUGCCGUGGCAGCCCUGACGGGGCGCAGGAGGAGAGCAGCAAUGGAGAGGUGCUGGCAGACGGGGCAGACCGCGGGCUGGACGGGGACCCUGAGGGCGUGUGGAGUCCAGACAUCGAGCAGAGUUUUCAGGAAGCUCUGGCCAUCUACCCGCCUUGCGGCAGGAGGAAGAUCAUACUUUCAGACGAGGGGAAGAUGUAUGGUCGAAAUGAGCUGAUAGCUCGCUACAUAAAGCUAAGAACGGGGAAGACACGCACGCGUAAGCAGGUGUCUAGUCACAUUCAAGUUUUGGCACGUAAGAGGGUGCGGGAAUAUCAGGCCAGCAUUAAGGUCUCUAGUCACCUGCAAGUCUUGGCCAAGAGAAAGUCUCGUGAGAUUCAGUCUAAACUGAAGGCCAUGAACUUGGACCAGGUAUCCAAAGACAAGGCACUGCAGACUGUAGCAAACCUGUCGUCUGCUCAGAUUGUGUCUGCGAGUGUGAUGAAACCUCAGACUCCCUUCCCUCCACCAAUCAGAUUUUGGCCCGGCCCUGUACCAGGACAGCCUGAACAUUCUCAGGAAUUCUCCUUUGGUUCUCCUGUUCUUCUUAAUAUCCACAGCAUUAAGCCUUUUGCACAGCCUCCGUACACUACACUACCAGCCCCCGUCCCUCCACCCAUCAGUUACGAUGCCUUGCCUCCCCCCCGACCUGCAGCCAUAGCGGUUCCCGUAUGGCAAGACAGAACCAUUGCCUCGGCAAAGCUACGUCUACUGGAGUACUCUGCGUUUAUGGAGACCCAGAGAGACAGAGAGAUGUUCAAGCAUCUCUUCGUUCACAUUGGGCCUUCAAACCCAGGCUACAGUGACCCAGUGCUGGAGUCUGUAGAUGUGAGGCAGAUUUACGACAAGUUCUCAGAGAAGAAAGGGGGCCUGAAGGAGCUGUACGAGAAAGGCCCGCACAACGCCUUCUUCCUCGUUAAGUUUUGGGCGGACCUGAGCAGCGACAUCGAGGAGGGUUCGGGUGCAUUCUACGGAGUGAGCAGCCAGUACAGUGGCACAGAAAACAUCACCAUCAGUGUUUCUACAAAGGUCUGCUCCUUUGGCAAACAGGUGGUGGAGAAAGUUGAGACGGAAUAUGCGCAUUUGGAAGGAGGAAAGUACGUGUUCCGCAUCAAUCGUUCACCCAUGUGUGAAUAUAUGAUCAACUUCAUCCACAAGCUGAAACACCUGCCAGAGAAAUACAUGAUGAACAGUGUCCUGGAGAACUUCACCAUUCUUCAGGUGGUGUCCAACAGAGAAACUCAGGAGACUCUGCUGUGUAUUGCCUUUGUGUUUGAAGUGUCCACAAGUGAGCAUGGAGCACAGUACCAUGUUUAUCGACUAGUAAACGACUAGCAGCAUGUUACACGCAUGCAUGGAAAGACUCUUCAGACUUUUUGAUACAUACAGCUCAAACACUAUUUCCAGCUCAGCCUACAGAACCCCCACUCCUUUUACUCUGAACACCUGUUUGUUUUUAUUUGACCAACCGUCACACUGUAGUCACACCAGUUGUUUUAUGUAUAUGUCCUCUCAUUGCUGCAAGUCUGGACAAAUAUAACAUCCCAGAAUAGGUCAACAGUCUCACAACUGUUUCCUGUGACCUUUUGUUUCAACCCAUUAUGACCCCAUGCAGCACAUCCGCUUUUACCCUUUUAAUCAGUGUCAUAUGUUUUUAUCAACAUUUUAAAACGCAUAUACCUUUGUAAUUUUUUUUUUUUUUUUUUUUU